AUGGUAGAGGCUAAUUUUCAUAGCUCUGAUGCAGAGGCUAUUCUCCGUAUUCCUUUAAGUCGUAGAUAUGUGCAUGAUAUGGUUUUUUGGUUGCAUACCAAAGAUGGGGACUACUCGGUCAAAUUAGGUUACCACAUUGCAAGAUUAUUAGCCAAGCAAGAUGCUGAUUUGGGUGAAAGCUCAAGGGAGGUGAUGGGUAGUUCGAUAUGGGCGAAGCUGUGGAAGCUCAAGGCGAAGGAAUCCAGGUAUCAUGUAUUGUGGGAGUGCGGGUUAGCCCAAGAUAUCUGGGCUGGUAGUUCGCGCCGACUGCAAAAAGGAGUGCCUGGCUUGGAUGAUAUGGUGCAGCUGGUUGAGUAUAUGCAGAACCGCUUAACGGAUGAGGAGUUGGAAUAUUUUUGGGUUCAAUGCUGGUUUAUUUGGAACCAAUGUAAUGCCAUCGUACAUGGUGGAGCUAUUCAAGAACCUGGACGUCUAAAUCAGAGAGCCAAAGAUUUCUUAGAUGAAUUCCGGGCUGCCCAACUUCGUUUAUCUGUGUCAGCUGUUUUCUCUGAUACAAGUUCAUCUGGUUUUGGCGCUGUAAUCCGUAACAAUCUGGGGGAAGUUAUGGCUGCUAUGUCAGCCAAAGGACCGAGUGUGGUGGACAGCGAGGAGGCAGAGGUACUUGCUUGUCGGAGAGUGCUGGAGUUUGCUGUGGAUACCGAAUUUGAGGAGCUGAUGAUUGAAGGUGACAACUCUACGGUCAUAAGGUGCUUAUCUUCUAUACGGGCUUUUCGUUCUAGGCUGGGAAAUGUUUAUGCAGACAUACACGUUUUGGCUGCUGGUUCCAGAUGUAAGUCAUUUUCUUGUGUUAAACGGGAAGCCAACUUAGCUGCUCAUUCCUUAGCUAGAUAUGCUAGGUCUAUUGAUGGGGACAUGUUUUGGAUGGAGGAAACUCCACCUCCUGCUAUUGAGGCUGUGUAUUUGGACUCUGUUUCUUUGAAUGAAUGA